UGUGUGCGGAGGGGGCGUGUGCUUGCGUGCUGCGCCGGGCCAGGCUUGAGAUAUGCCAUUCGCGCCCGAACUUUUUGCCCCGUCACUUCUUGCUACAAGUCCGGUAAUCGGGUGUGCUGCUCUCUCUCUCUCUCUCUCUCUCUCCACGCUCUUUCACUCUCUCAGACUCUCAUUCGCGCGCGCGUACGCUCAGCGCCAGGAGUCUGCCGCCAAUGACGGUCACACCGCGGACCUUUCGUCUGUGAAAACUGCCAUAUAUCACCGCCGGACGCCUUCAUAGUAGGAGCAGCAACGACGCUCUCGAUUCUCUCUCAUCCUCGCCCGCCGAGUGAGCGCGUAACAUCGACGGAGCAGUACCAGCAGUGCGGGAAGGUACUACUGCAUGCUACACGUGCAUUGACUACACGACCGCACGGACACGGAGACAGUGGUGUCACGGCGAAUGUGCGUUUGUUACCGGCGGCGGAAUGCGAGAAACAAGACGAUAGAUAUGCGCGCCUUACAGCGAACGUAGAACACACGCGUACAGCAAAAACAGCAGCAACAACAACAACCACACAAAAAACCACAAAAACAAUAACAACCUGAAAAAUAAACAAUCGGAAUAAUUGUUUUGCGGCGCGAUAAGAAUCGUUGCCUGCCUAUCGGGCGUUACACACGUGCGAGCGCGUGUGCGAAGCAGAGCGAGCGAGCGAUCACGAGCUUCCGUGAUAACGGCAUCUACGUGUGGUCAUGCCAGGUCACGGCUACAUGCUCGAUCUAGCUGACAGCGACGCCGCCCGGCGCUCCGUACCGGCGGCCGAGCUCGCCGGCCCACACCAUCACUUUUUCUACGGAGCAGACGGCGGGGCGGUACCGCACGACAGGUACGUGCCGAAAAACUUCACCGUGAGUCGGCUGCUCGACCUGGAAGAAUCGACGCUGCCACAUCACCACCACCACCACCACCCUCACCACCACCGCGUCUCCUCCUCCGCCGCCGACAUGUACGGACUGCAGAAAAUGACUGCGGCGACGACGACGACGACGACGCUAUCUUCAGCGGCGCUGCUCUCCGCCGCCGAUCAGUUUCGCCAUCAUCAUUCGUCGUCGACGUCGCAUACGCAGGAGCCUCCGCCCCCCAACAUGAACCCGUGUGAACUGGACGGGCGGAUACAUCACCAUUCACAGCCGACCAGUCUGGCGAGGACUCCAAGCAGUGACCGAGGUGGCAGCACGGGCGGCGGCACGAUCGACUCGGCGGCGGGCGAGAGUCCGCGCUCGAAGAAGCAGCGGCGGAAUCGUACGACGUUCACGAGCACGCAGCUGAGCGCGCUCGAGCGUGUGUUUGAGCGCACGCACUACCCGGACGCGUACGUGCGAGAGGAGCUGGCGCGCAGGAUCAACCUCAGCGAGGCGCGGGUGCAGGUCUGGUUCCAGAACAGACGCGCGAAGUUUCGCAGGAACGAGCGCAACGGCGCAUGCUUGCACCGCGCGACACUGUUACUGAGACCGUGCAAAUUGUUUGCGUUCACCUUACAGUUUUACUCAAUAGGGAACAGCCCCGACUCCCCCGACCAGGGCCCCGCACCGCCGCGCACCCUGCCGGUGACGACGGGAGACUACGCGGGGUGGCCUGGCCAGUACGUCGACGCCGGCUACUACAAGUCACAACAGGUGACCUCGUCCACGCAGCUCGGCUAUGCCGCCUACGCGCAGCACGGCUACGGCGUCGGCGUCGGCGACGGUGACGAGGAUGCGUGCGGCAUGCCGACGCCGUGCGCGCAGCGAGCGUCGCGACCGCCCGUCGGCCACAGAACGCACGAGUACAACCACCAGCACAGCGCAUGCGCCGAGGUCCUGCCGUGA